UUUACGGUGGCACUAAAUUCAAGGAUUAAUAUAGGUCGAUAACCUUCUGAUUCUUACAAUAGAAGACUAAAGACAUUGAACAUUUGAAGUUGCUCCGAAAGUUCGUGGUUGAUUUGUAGGUUGUGAGUCUCAUCGGAUUCUUUUUUCUUGGUCACCUUGAAUUUCGUUUCGCUUCCUAUGUGCCUGGUUUUACAAUCAUAGAUAAUUGUAGUCUGUUGGAGUAUUCAUCUCCAGUUCGCACUGAUUAAGAUUAAAAUAUUUUCUGUCAGUACAUAAAGUUAAUGGUUUUUUGGUAAGAUUCCGCGAGCGUCUAAGCUGUUCCUGAAUGAGACGACUUCAGUUGUGAACAUAUUCCGGCAGUACGUCUUAAUGAUUGAUUACUCCACAAAGUCUGUGCUUGGGCAUUCUCUCCGUUUUUGGAUUUAAAAUACACCUAUCUCCUAUUUAUUCCAACGUGUUUGUAGUAGAAAAGACAUAUCAAAUCCGAAUCCAUUUCUCAGUAUCCAGUGCGCUAAGAUUAAUUUCUCACUUUUUGGUAUAUAUGGCUAAUUAAUAGGGUUACAUAAUUUAUGCAAGCGGCUCCAUAGAUCGAAAGAUAGUGCAGAGUUGAUGAGAUCCUUCUAUCAGCUUUCAUUACAUUAAAGCAAGUCGGCGUCUAUGGUUAGUAAUUUUUCGUAAUAAGCCGGACAAAACAGUUUGUGGUGGUUUGUUCUAGAACUUAAAAUACGUUAAAGCUUUGUUUUUAUAUUUGAUCGCUUCUUCCAGAAUUGUCACGAAAAACCAAUUAAAUUUUGCGACAUCUAUUGCACCGAUAGACUCUCAUGAACUCUCAUCACCAUGCUCCGAACAUGAAGAGCAUAAUCAAAUCAGAUCUAGGUUAACCAAAAGUCUACGAAACGAUCGUGAGCAGUGAUCGGGCAACGAAAGCAGAAGAAAUAGAAAAGGCUUCGGCUGUGGGUAACCCAAAACAGCUUUUCAGACUAAUAAAAGAAACUGGAAUUAAGAAGUCAUUUGUAAGUGAGACGAUUUCAGAAAAAGACGACACUUAUCUGCUCUUAGCUCAGACGUUUAGAACGAUGGGCGAAACACUUUAAGGAGCAGUUCAGCUGACCUUCAGCUACUCUACAACUGUUCACCAUUCCAAAACAGCCUGAAUAUAACACUGCACUAGGUCUCUCAACUCUAGUUGAAGUUCAAAAAGCUAUAGCCAAUCUGAACGAGAAAGAGCAUCUGGUCCAGAUGCAUUAGCUCCAGAGGUCUUUAAGAAUAGUGAUCCAAUUGUAGCGAUUAGGUUGACUAAUAGUUUAACUAAAGUAUGGGACUUAGACGUAAUCCCAUCUGACUGGUCACAAUCACUGAUUGUCCCAAUAUAUAAGAGAGGGCUAAAAUCAACCUGUGAUAACUAUAGAGAGACUAGUUUAACUAAUAUAGCAUUUAAAAUACUAGCCUCAAUAAUUAUCGGGCGCUUUGCAAUGACUUGUGAAUUGCAAACAUGAGAAAAUCAGGCUGGUUUCAGGACUGGUUGUGGUUGUAUCGACCAUAUUCACUACUCGUCAGACUCAGUACUGAUGUGCAUCAACACCGGAACUGAUGAUAAGGAGUGAAGUAGUUGAACGCGUCGACGACUUCACUUUUCUUGGAAGUCUGAUCAGCCCUAAUGGGUUGGUGUCUGACGAAAUCUCAGCACGGAUUCAGAAAGCUCGUUUGGCUUUUUCGAACUUACAUAUGAUGAAGGCUAGAUAUCCGUCUAUCAAUGGAAGGACGAGUAUACUACGCGCCAUUUCGUCCUGUUCUACUUUACGGCCGCUAUAUGUGUCGAUUAAGGGUAGAAAAUACUCGUAAGCUACUAGUAUUUGACCACAGAUGCCUUAAAAAUAUUGCUGGGAUCACCGGGUAAAUAAUAUUGAGGUUAGGAGCAGGGUAUUGGGGAGCGAUCGUAGAGCGGUUGAUGAGGUUGUUAAUCUUCAUCGACUGAGAUGGUUAGGCCACGUGAUACGUAUGCCUGGACACCGAUUACCACGACUCGCAGUGCUGACUAGUGUUAGUGAUGGUUGAAAGUAAGUUUGGGGCGGCCAAGCCAAAACGUGGCAUCAGUCCUUGAAGUCACUAACUGCUAGUAUGUGCCAUGUUGGUAGAUGUAGACUACUUGGACAGAGUCCACGUGACUAUCGUAAUCAAUGGCUGGACACUGGGUGUAUACACUCUUUGUUUUCCCUUUGUUCGUGAGAUUAAAACUGCCCUAUAUCUUUCUACGAACUAACCCUUACUUCGUGUACUAUAUCCCGAUAUGCGAUCUUUCUUUUAUAUAUUACUACCAUGGAAUUGAUUACUUCUAUGAAUUUGAUGUUCAUUUUGUUGUGCUAAUGAGGUAUGACAACUUGGACCGGUGCGUAUAUGUGCCUGGUUCUACGUUGUAGCUGACUGACUGAUUGAAAUGAAGUCUUUGCGUUGCUAUUAUGGUGCGAAGCAAUGGUCAGUCAGGUGAGUGACUGGACGCUGGUUGAUUAAUAUGAUAUACUGAUGAUUGCGUUGUUGUUUGUCGAUUCUAUUGUCCGACUCUACAUUUGAGAUGUAUGCGUAGGAUCUUCAAUGUGACCUAAACAAAAUGUAAACCCAACAUAAUUUAGCUGUCGAAGAAACGGUCUUAGAAGGAUUUUACAUUUUGACAUUCAAAUGUGCAUAUCUCAAUUUCCUAACAGGUGAAGUGUAUGAGCCGCCGUAAAUGUGUGCAGAUCUUAAUUUCUCCAGUUCACAUGUGCACGACCGGGCGAAGUCAGCGAUGCAAAACACAAACGUAAAUAUAAUAGUACAAGGGAUAAAAUUCCUCGAAUUAUAAUCGAAAAGAAUCGUGGACGUGUCUAGAUAGCACAUCUUUGAUUUGUCAAUAGAAAUGAUUAAAUUUUCGGAGAUAUCUGAUUUUAAGAGGGUUGAUAAUUUCACACUUUCUUCUCUGCUUUUAUACUACUUGAAGCUUCAGUUGGUCAGUUUUCACUCGUCAGCAAUAAAUACUACCACUCUGUUUUUUCCAUCCAGUCCUAGCGUUAGCAAGUAAUGGCCAGUUUGAAAUUUUCUAGAAUAAGUUUUGCAGAAUAUCACAGCUACCAAAUUCGGUGUCAGUUAAAUUAUCACCACAGCUCCUAAAAAUCUUGUGAAAUUUCGGCACUUAGAACACGAUUCAAUCGCUAGAGCAGUAUUUCGUAGAUAAUGAAGCUCGAACACAGUCACCAAAUAUCCCAGAAAUGGUCGAAUUUCGCAGACAUUGCGUGGGAUUACUUCCACCUGACAUAUUCCAUCCUGACUAAUAUUAUGACGUCAAAGGUGCGAUAAACCGUUUUGGGGUUUAUAUUAGGUGGAUUAAUCUCAUAUUCCGCUACACAACCAGUACUUGUACAGCUGCUCCAGCACAAGAACUCAACAGUUUACUACAAAAGCCAAGUAAAUACUCAGAAUUGUUAUUUAUUUAUAUAAAACAUUACAUCCUUGCAAGCCACCACCACUCUUGAAGAACUACUUUGCAUUGCGAAGAUACUAGGCAUACUUAUGAACGCUAAUUGCUAAUAAUGAAAUAAGAUUGUUAUUAUUUUAUUACUAUAAAUUGCUAACUGAAGUUCAACUUGGGAGGAUUUGUGAGUUCAGUCAGUGCAGAUUUAAACGACGUGAUAAGUUAAUAGUUGGUUCUAAAAGUAGCUAGUUUUGACACUUGGGAUUUAAGAGAAUAUAUAUAUUUCUUGGCGACCUUAACGAACAGAAGUUUGAAGCGUGCCUAUAGAUGUGCGGAAUCUAGGUACUUACCUUAAGUGGAGCGGUAGUCUUUUUUCAGAUCUGACAAUGAACAAAUGAUGAUAAUAUAGUCGAUUCCAGUCCAUCCUUGUGUUGCAGACGGACUGGGAAAGAUGAUGCACAGAAGCAGGUUAUGCUAUGUAAAAAGUUCCGGAAAAUGGUCCCAUUACUUAGCUUUGGACCAACGAGUCUUCAUUGGGCACAGAAACGUUCUUGUUUGCAUUUCUCACAACAAUGUCGAACGCGCUUUUCUGGAAAUUCAUUUUUAUAACACCUGAACUAGUAUCCAUCGAAUCAUAGGUGAAGACGAUCAAGUUACAUGGUGAUACGUUUGUACGCUUUACUAAUGAAUCGCUACGUCGACUUCAGUAUCGUGAAGGAAUCCGUUCUUUCCACUUCUUCCUACCCCCUAGCCAGAGUAAAAACACCGGCUUUACAAAUGAUGCUUUUUGAUUUUGACCCAAUAUGAGUGAGAAAAAUACAUUAAGUUUGUCGAUUCAUAUUGUCAAUAAAAAAUAAAAAGGAUAUUCGAACUGAGUAUGUGUUGAGAUUCCACAUCCUCAACACGUCAUUCCCCAUGUUAGUUUCCAAUCUCUUUAACGAAAUCUUCUAACCUAAAAAACAAAAAAUAUUGUUGUCUUUGCUCUAGCUCUUAGUGUCACACCGAACCUGUCCAGCGCGCCGACUCUACGGAGUUUCUCGAUAAAGCAUACGUUAAGCGUUUUCAAUCGAGCGCAUUCGUAAUACUCCACUAAAGCCUUGAAUAUUAGUCUCAGUUACACAGCAUACGUCAAUGUCGAGGCUUCAGUGACAAUUAAAGCUGUCAGUUGUUCGAUCUGCACCAGUCAGUGAGUGCUGACGGCAACGAGCUAAAAUAGCACACGUGGUUUCCUAGAAGUUGUGUCAGGUUUGUUUAGCGACUGCGCAUAACUUUUAACAGUAAUUAGGAUAAAGAUUGAGAAAAGAAAAAGUACAAUAAAAAAGUAGGACAUCAAAGUAAAAUGAAACAAAUUUGUUUUCAUAUCCUUCGAACACGAUCGUCUAAUAUAAUUGAAUCAUGGUGAUUUCUGAAGUCUCAUGGAUAUACAGUUCCCAACAGGUGGCUGUCUCAAAGAACCUUUGCUCCUGGCCUUCGAUUGAAGCACGUCAAAUGUUGCCUGGUGGUGGUUGGUUCUUUACUGCAACGUUGUAGUUUAAUUAUUUGAAAGUGUGUAAGUAUUUGAAUUUUACACUUCUUUUUCAAGAAGUGCACAUCUUAAUUGCCAUGUAGACUGCAUUCCACCACUUAUGUCGGUGAAAUGUAUCUAUACUUUCACUUUCCGUUUGUCCCAUUUGUGUACUAAAACAGAAUUGAUACUUAGUUUGUUUAUCUAAACUUUAUUUCAAAACGCAAAUAUAUUUUGUCAAAAUAAACUUACAUACGUCAUGACUUUUACUCAGGUGUCAUCAUGGAACAAUGUGUAGCUGAUUGUCUUAACAGUGAUGAUUGUGUGAUGAUUGUAUGGUCGGGCAAAGUUCAAGAAGACGUUAUGCGUGGUCUACAAGUGGCUGUUUCUACAUAUGUUAAGAAGCUGCAGUUCGAAAAUCUGGAGAAAUUCAUGGACAGUUCAACUGUAGAUAGUCAGUUUCACGAUUGUUCUGUCAUACUAUGUGGUUGGCCUAACUCGAUAGGCGUAAACAUACUCAAACUUGGCUUGCUAUCAAACCUUUUAUCCUGUUUGCGACCUGGUGGGCGAUUUUUUGGUCGUGACUUAAUUACGGGUGACUGGGAUUCUUUGAAAAAGAACCUAACUCUUUCUGGGUACAUAAAUCCUUACCAGUUGUCAUGUGAAAACCACUUAAUAUUCAGUGCCUCUGUUCCGUCCAAUUAUACUCAGGGUUCUAGUGUCAAACUUCCGUGGGCUAACAGUGAUGUCGAGGCGGCUUGGGAAAAUGUUGAUAAUACAUCUGACACCAAUGGAGAUAUUAUAAAUACAAAUGCACUUUUGCAAAAAUCAGAUUUGAAAACUCCUUUGGCUGUCUGUGGCAAAGACCCUGUUACUGAUUCAGUUGGAAAAAAGAAACGGGCUUGUAAAAACUGUACAUGUGGCUUGGCUGAAAUUGAAGCAGCGGAAGAAGUUAAAUCUGACGUCCCAAUAUCGUCCUGUGGAAAUUGUUAUCUUGGGGAUGCUUUCCGAUGUUCUACAUGCCCUUACCGUGGGCUUCCACCAUUUAAGCCCGGCGAAAGAAUUCUAAUACCGGAUGAUGUUUUGAAAGCUGAUUUGUGACAGACGUACAUACACUUUGCAGACUAGUCUAUUGUGAAUCUCCGUAUGUCCUUACUGUUAUAACAAACCAUACUUCUUGACUUUCUCGAUGAAUUUGUUAUAUUUAUCGUCUUCACCAAACAUUUCAAAUAGUAUAACUUCUUACUUGGA